AUGGCUCCAAAACGCAAACAAAUUGAGGGAGAGUUGGUGAUGAAAAGAAAGAGACAGAAGAGAAGAUGCAGAAAAGAUGAGAAGGACAGAAUCAGUGAGUUGCCUGAUUGUGUUUUGCUCCACAUAAUGAGUUUUAUGAGCACAAAAGCUGCUAUUCAAACCUGUUCUCUGUCUAAAAGAUGGAAGAAUCUCUGCAAAUGUCUCACCAGUCUCACAUUCUGUGCCAGAUACACUGGGGACAUUUGUUUCAGAAAAUUUGUGUCAUGGGUUUUGUCUAGCAGAGAUCAUUCUCAUUCCCUGCUAAAUCUUGUAGUUAUAAGCCCAACUGAGUCUGAAGUUCUAGACUUGAUCAUGAAAUAUGCUAUGGUUCAUGAUGUGCAGCGUUUGACAAUGCGUAUAGAUUUAACAUGCAAACCUGCAUUUCGUUCCCUCCCUUUCAUCUUUUCUUGUAAGUCUUUGACAUCCCUCAAGAUUUGCAAUGUUUAUGAUCCAAAUGUGAUGGUGAUUCCAGACUCUUUGCACUUGCCCUUUCUAAAAAGUCUGCAUCUUGAACGUGUUAAGUUUACUGCAACUACUGCUGAUGCUGAGUAUGUUGAGCCUUUUUCAAACUGUCGCGUGUUAGAAACUUUGUACCUUCGAAACUGCUCCAUGCAAAAUGAUUCACAAGCUCUCUGCAUAUCUAAUUCUACCCUUUUCAGCAUCAAGAUAUACAGUUACAAUAUAUUUGCUGAAAAAAAAGCUUACAACAUUGCACUUUCUACUCCGAAUCUUCGUUCUUUCACCAUCAAGGGUGUUAAUAGUCACCAUCUCUCUUCUGUGUGCAAUCUACCUCUUCUUGAAGCUGUGAGUAUUGGCUUGUUUAUGGUGAAAAGUUCAAUCAUCGUAAAACUGAUGCAAGCACUGGCCAAUGCAAGGAUAUUGACUCUGGGUUCAUUUACCCUUCAAGCAAUACUAGUUGUAAGUUCAUUUAGUAUUCAUUUUGUUUUGCUCCUUAUAUUUUUUAUGCUCAAAACAUGUCUGCAUUUACAAGAAGAGAAAAAAGAGAUUGCAGUACUGAGUCAUGCAUGUAUCCAAUUUGCUCUAACUGUGCAGGAUCUCUCUGAUGGUUCAACAAGACUUCAACCACCCUGCUUUGUUAGAUUGGAAUCAUUGAGAGUGAAAAGCAAAUUGAUAGAACUUUUUGAUGGACAAAUAAGCAAAGUUGUGAAGUACUUGCUUCGAAACUCUCCAAGAACCAGAGUUGGUGUCACAUGGAAUUAA